AUGGGAAAUGGGUCAAGAUCCCUUAGCCAAGCAAAAAAGAACUACCAUUCUGGGAAACUGGAGUUUCUAGCUCUGAAGUGGGCAGUCUGCGAACAUUUCCGUGACCAUCUUUAUUAUGACCCUCAUUUUACUGUGUACAACCCACUUACGUUUGUGUUGACAACACCCAGGUUGAACGCAACGGGUCACCGCUGGAUUGCUGAAUUAGCUGACUUCACGUUCAACAUAUAAAACACAGACCAGGACGUUCAAAGAAGGAUGCGGAUGCACUCUCGCGAAUGCCACUGGAUUUUACGACUUAUAUGAAAGAAUGUACUGAAGAUCUGACCGUAGACCAAGUCCAGGCAAGCGUUGAUGGGAUUGGGGCGCAAUGUCACGGUGACACUGUGUGGAUCUCUGCACUUACGCACAACGAAGAUCUCUUGGAGACUGACAGUGAAUUUCUCGCAGAAGACCAACCUGCAGCCAUCGCGAAAGCUACAAUCCUUCAGGCCCAGAAGCAAGACCAAACAAUUGGCAGAGUACUAACUCUCAAGUUGAAGGACGACGUCCGUCACAUGAAGAUUGCAGACGAGAACUACCUGGUAGAAAAGCAUUGCUACGACAAUGGCACAAACUAA